CACACACACAGAGGCGUACAUGCACAAAUGCAUACAUAUACACACACGUGCACAAAUGCAUGAAAAAACACACACACGCACACACACCAUAUUUGCCUACAGACUCAAUGCGGUGCAUUGCUGGCCACACCCAAGGAAAUGGCUUGGCUCUGCCACACACAGGAAUCCACCACGUGCCCUGUGGUCUCUGGUCCCUUGCCGGAUGAAUUCAAAAACAGUGUUGUUACUGUAGGCAAGCAGAACAUGUCAUUUAAAUGACACAAAGUCAUUUAUCAAAGUCCUAUCAGUGACUCAGUGAGGGAUAUACUGUAACUCCGCUAAACUCACAUUGACUGUGGCAACACCAUUUAUCAAACCUCACAACUGUGUCUCAGUGAGUGAUACAGCACUGCUGGAAACUGUUAGGCUCCAAGUCUUCAAUAGAUCUCGUUUCAUAUGAAGAGAGACGCAAACAGGCCAUGAAAACAGUCAACUCAGCAAAGGCAGGCAUGUUCUAACAGGACCGACCUCAGGGUUUUUAUUGGCUUGAUAGAUUAGCACAUGUGACUGACUUUCUACAGUACAUGUUCAUAUCUAUCUAUCAGGCUCUCUUUCACUAUCUCUCUCUCUCUCUCUCACUCACUCUCUCUGUCUCUCGCUCUCUCUCUGUCUCUCGCUCUCUCUCUGUCUCGCUCUCUCUGUCUCUCUCUCUCUCUCUCUCUCUCUGUCUCUCUCUCUCUCUCUCUCUCUGUCUCUCUCUCUCUGUCUCUCUGUCUCUCUGUCUCUCUCUCUCUGUCUCUCUGUCUCUCUGUCUCUCUCUCUCUCUCUCUCUCUGUCUCUCUCUCUCUCUCUCUAUCUCUCUGUCUCUCUGUCUCUCUCUGUCUCUCUCUCUCUCUCUCUGUCUCUCUAUCUCUGUCUCUCUCUCUCUCUCUCUCUCUCUCUCUGUCUCUCUAUCUCUCUCUCUCUGUCUAUCUCUCUCUCUCUGUCUCUCUCUCUUGUACUUUUAGCGUUUCCCUCUGUCACAACUUCUUCCUCUGAACAGAAGCUCUAUAGUGGAGCUCUGCCAAACUCUCCUUUCACUCCUCUCCUCCUCCUCUUAAUCUCUCUGUCCAUUCUCCUCUACCCGCUACAUUCUUCUCAGCCCCAUUGUCUCCCUGUCAGACUUUCAUUGAGGGGGCACAGCGGGUCACGCACGCACAGACCCAUAUACACAUGCACACUCACACACACAACCAUUUAUAUGUACACACAAUCACAUGACAUCUACACAAAUGCACACAAAAAUGCACGGGCACACACACACACACAUUCACACACACCACUGUCAGAGUAUCUUUCAGGUGACGUGUGAAUUAGCGUCACAUUCCGUUGGUAGUCACCAUGACAACCAAGCCCCCAACCCAAAUGUUUGUGCACUGUGCAUUAGGAGCAGGCUUCAGUCCAGGAGAAUCAUUUUGUCAGGGCUUGUUUUUCUUCUUCAUUGCCGUUUUGUACCGUUUAUUAAUUUGAGUAAGAAAAGCUCAACUGAUCCCCGCUCCUGCUUUAUGACUUGCUGCAUUCAUGGAAAUUAAAGAGAGCCCCACGCUCUAGGAGCUCAGAUGCAAAAAUGUAAUUACCAAUGUUUCGACAGCCAAGCUGUCUUCAUCAGGGUAUAAUCACAAACACUGCGGGAUGACUCGUUUAUAUGGUGUCAAAAGACACAGGUGUCUGUAAUCAUGGCCAAGAGUGGCCUAAUAUCAUUGGUUAAUUAUCCAAUAUUAAAAUGGCAUACAAAGAACAGCAUACAAACAACAAAUGGAUAGCAUACGAUCAUAGAUUAAUUUGACUACACAAGUUUACAAACAAUUACAAUGGCAAAGUCACAAUAAUCACAAGAAUGGCUUCAGAUCAAAGUCUACGUUGAGACCGAGGGGAGCAAGGGUCUUUAAAUUAAAGAUCCAGGCAGCCUCUCGUUUUAACAAUAAAUUAUCAAGGUCACCCCCUCUCCUGGGGAGGGUGACAUGUUCGAUGCCAGUAUAACGCAGAGACGAAAUCGAGUGGCCUGCCUCCAAGAAGUGGGCCGCAACUGGGUAAGUCAAUUUCUUACACCUAAUGGUGCUACCAUGCUCUGAGAUACGUACUUUUAAUUUGCGCUUUGUUUUACCCACAUCAUUUUUACCACAAGGACAAGUUAUAAGAUAAAUAACUGCCUUAGUGGAGCACGUAAUAACACCUUUGAUUGGGAUCUGUUUCCCUGUUUGUGGGUGUUUGAAGGAUCUACAUUUAUAAGUGCCAUUGCAUUGAGCACAGCCAUUACAUUUGUAGUUUCCAUCCAGUAGGGGCGCAAAUAGACGUUGUUCAGGAAUAUCUUGGGGUGGUAAAUCAGAGUGUACCAAUUGGUCUCUGAAAUUUCUGCCCCGUGAGAAUAUGACCAGGGGAAGGUCUGAAAACACAUUACCGAGACUAUCAUCGGAUUUUAGGAUGUGCCAAUGUUUGUGAACAAUUCCCUUAAUUUGUUCAGAACGCUUUGAAUAGCGGGUAGUUAGAACACAAGAAUGUGUCUUUUUGCAAGACUGACCUUGAAAAAGGUCAUGUCUCGUUUUGUUUUGAAUUAUCUCAAUGGCAAUAUUAAUCUGAUCAUUUUUGUAGCCCCUCUCCUUGAACUUUCUUUGCGUCUCAGCCAUAUUUCUGUCGAAAUCUGAUUAUUUUUUUGCAAAUUCUUUUGAUUCGACAGAAUUGGCUGUAGGGCAAACUAUUUUUCAAGGGAAGUGGGUGACAACUGUCAGCCCUCAACAAACUGUUACAAUCAGUAGGCUUCCUGUAAAGAUCAGUGUAUAGAACAUUAUCUUCACACAAGAUCAGAAGAUCAAGAAAACUGAUUUGACGUGUAUCAGAUUGCAUAGUGCCACGAAUCCCGCCGAAGAUGGUUCCUCUUCCUGUUCGGGCGGCGCUCGGCGGUCGUCGUCGCCGGCCUACUAGCUGCCACCGAUCCCCUUUUCUGUUUCAGUUUGUUUUGUCUGAUUAGUUUCACCUCUUUCUUGUUUGGGUUUUGUUUUGGGCUAUUUAAACCCGGUAGGCCCGCCUGUUUUUGUGCGGGCUUGUUUUUCUGUUCAUGGUGUCUGGAUUUACGCGGUUUCCUUUUUCUUUUUGUUGGACUUAGUUAUUUAUGUGCCCUUGUGUUUGGCGUGACCGUUACUCUGUUCCUGGAAUAAAGACCCACGUUUGAACUAACACUGCUCUCUGCACCUGACUCCUCCACCCCCUGGAAUGGGCCAACGCAGUCUGGAACGGCCCAGACUCUGCUCGGGACCACUACCCGGAGUUCACCCUCCGUUUUCUGGCCGUGUUCGGGUGAGCGACUGUUUCACCUCAGACAGGAGACGAGGAGCGUGCAAGACUUCGCUUUGGAGUUCCGGACCUUGGCCUCUGGUGCGGGGUGGAAUGACCUGGCCCUGAUGGACCACUACCGGUGCAGCCUCCGGGAGGACGUCCGCAGGGAGCUAGCUUGUCAGGACACCACACUCUCCCUCGACGAGCUCAUAGACUUGUCGAUCCGGCUGGACAACCUACUAGCUGCCCGCGGGCGUUCAGAAAGGGUCCUGUCAGUUCCACCUCCCAGCCCUCCUGCUCCAACUCCGGUGGAGGAGGCUCCUGCACCUACUGCGGUCGGAGAGGACACACUUCAGACCGGUGCUGGAGGAGUUCCUCUGGGAGUCGAGAUGGCAGGCGGAACACUUCUCGCCACCCCAGACUGGUUCGGGGAAGACCUACACCAUGGGCACAGGGUUUGACGUGAACAUCUGUGAGGAGGAGCUGGGCAUCAUUCCCCGGGCAGUCGGGCACCUCUUCAGGGGCAUUGAGGAACGACGGCAGGCCGCCACAGAGCAAGGCAAGCCUGUACCCGAGUUCAAGAUCAACGCACAGUUCCUGGAGCUGUACAAUGAGGAGGUGUUGGAUCUGUUUGAAUCAACGCGGGACAUGGAUGGGAAGAGACAGAAGUCCACCAUCAAGAUUCACGAGGACGCUAAUGGAGGCAUCUACACUGUGGGAGUCACCACGCGCACGGUCGCCUCCGAGGCAGAGAUGAUGCAGUGUCUGAAGCUGGGUGCUCUGUCCCGUACCACGGCCAGCACCCAGAUGAAUGUCCAGAGCUCGCGCUCCCAUGCCAUCUUCACCAUCCACCUGUGCCAAGUCAGAGUCUGCGCUCCGGAUGACAGUGAGUCCAGUGAGACAGACAACCGUCUGGCCAAUGGUUCCUCUGAGAUCAACUCUGAGUUCGAGACGCUGACGGCUAAGUUUCACUUUGUGGACCUGGCCGGGUCCGAGAGACUAAAGAGGACAGGAGCUACCGGGGAUAGAGCCAAGGAAGGCAUCUCCAUCAACUGUGGACUGCUUGCCCUGGGUAACGUGAUCAGUGCUCUGGGGGACAGGAGUAAGAGGUCCACCCACGUGCCUUACAGGGACUCGAAACUCACCCGGCUACUGCAGGACUCUCUGGGAGGAAACAGUCAAACGGUGAUGAUAGCGUGUAUCAGCCCAUCUGACCGGGACUUCAUGGAGACACUGAGCUGCCUGAACUACGCUAACCGAGCCAGGAACAUUAAGAACAAGGUGAUGGUGAACCAGGACAAGGCCUCCCAGCAGAUAUCAGCUCUCAGGACUGACAUUGCCAGGCUACAGAUGGAACUGAUGGAGUACAAGACGGGCAAGCGUAUGGUGGGGGAAGACGGCAUGGAGAGCAUCAACGACAUGGUCCAUGAGAACAGCCUGCUACAGACAGAGAACAGUAACCUGAGGAUCAGGGUCAAGGCCAUGCAGGAGACCAUUGACGCUCAGAGGGCCAGACUCACACAGUACCUCAGUGACCAGGCCAACCAGGCUCUGGCCAAAGUGGGUGAGGGGAAUGAGGAAAUUGGAAAUAUGAUCCAGAACUACAUCAAAGAAAUCGAGGAGCUCAGAGCCAAGCUUCUGGAGAGUGAGGCAGUGAAUGAGAACCUCCGUAAAACCCUGUCCCGUGCCAACACACGUUCAUCCCUGUACGGGGUUGGGGGCUCCUUCUCCCCAGGCCAACUCGCCCCGGAGAGAGAGGCCUCUGACAUCAUCGAAAUGGCCAAGAAAGAUCUGGAGAAACUCAAGAAGAAAGAGAGGAAGAAAAAGAAGAGACUGCAGCGGCUCGAGGAGAGUCACCAUGAGGUUGGGCUUGCCAGUGUGGUCAAGGAGGAGGUACCUGACAACGAACAGGAACGAGGCAACGACGAGGCUGAGGGGGAUGACCACGUCAGUGACCAUGAGGAAGGAGAGGAGCUGGAGGGAGAAGACGAGGAGUACGAGAUGGAGGGAGAGGAGAGCUCGGACGAGUCAGACUCUGAAGAACUGGAUGAGAAAGCUCGUUCUGCGUCUCUGGGAAAAGAGAACUUCCAGGCGGACCUGGCCAACAUCACGUGUGAGAUCGCCAUCAAGCAGAAGCUGAUCGACGAGCUGGAGAACAGCCAGCGCCGUCUGCACACGCUCAAGCAGCAGUACGAACAGAAGCUGAUGAUGCUGCAGAGCAAGAUCAGAGACACACAGCUGGAGAGGGACAAGGUGCUGCACAACAUGGGUGCUCUGUGCCACGUCGCUACAUCUCAGAGCUCGGUGGAGACGUGCACGGAGGGGAAAGCUAAGAAGAUUAAGUUAGAAUAUGAGAAGAAGCUGAGCUCUAUGAACAAGGAGAUGCAGAAGCUGCAGUCAGCCCAGAAGGAACACGCACGCCUCCUCAAGAACCAAUCGCAGUACGAGAAGCAGCUCAAGAAACUCAACCAGGAUGUGGCUGAGAUGAAGAAAACAAAGGUGGGUCUGAUGCGUCAGAUGAAGGAGGUGCAGGAGAAAAACAGAGCGUCAGAGUGCCGACGCAACAGAGAGAUCGCGACUCUGAAGAAGGACCAGCGCAAACAUGAGCACCAACUGAGACAGCUGGAGGCUCAGAAGAGGCAGCAGGACCUGAUACUGCGCAGGAAGAAUGAGGAGGUGACAGCUCUGAGGAAGCAGGUGAGGCCAACUUCAGGGAAGGUAAACAGAAAGGUGAGCCUACCGGAGCCCCUCCAGGACCCUUCUCACCGCAGCAUCCUAGGGAGACCUCACUCUGCUGGGGCAGCAGGCCCCAAUGGCACCCCAAGGAAGUACCCGGUGAGGAUGGGGAGCGUCUCCACCACCAGGACAGCCCGGGCUAAAUGGCAGUCUCUGGAGAGACGCAUCACUGACAUCAUCAUGCAGAGGCUGACCAUCUCCAACAUGGAGGCUGAUAUGAACCGCCUCCUCAAGCAACGUGAGGAUCUGACCAAGCGAAGAGAGAAGGUGUCUCGUAAGAGGGAGAAGAUUGCCACAGAGGGGACCGACACGGACCGAAGCAUCCAGUCUUUGAACGAGGAGAUAGACGCCCUGGCGGCCAACAUCGACUACAUCAACGACAGCAUCGCUGACUGUCAGGCCAACAUCAUGCAGAUGGAGGAAGCGAAGGAGGAGGGAGACACGGUGGAGGUUACUGCGGUGAUCAGCUCCUGUAACCUAUCAGAAGCCCGCUUCCUGCUUGAUCACUUCCUGCACAUGGCCAUCAACAAGGGUCUGCAGGCGGCCCAGAAGGAUUCCCAGGUGAAGAUGAUGGAGGGCAGGCUGAAGCAGACAGAGAUCAACAGCGCCACUCAGAACCAGCUGCUGUUCCACAUGCUGAAGGAGAAAGCUGAACUUAACCCUGAGCUGGACGCUCUGCUGGGCAACGCACUGCAAGAGAUAGGUUACCUAGUGGUGGCAGAGAACGGAGAUGACGGCAGUAGUGAUGAGUCCUCUACCGCCAGCCCAGCCACCGAGGGAAGCUCAUUGGCCUCUGACCUCCUGAAGCUGUGUGGAGAGGCCAAACCUAGGAAGGUACAGUCGUCUACCGUACUUUCACACGCACGCAGAAGGACAACCACGCAGAUGGAGCUGCUGUAUGCCGGGAGUGGUGAAUUUGACUUCUCUGCACCCCUGCUACCCCCGACAGACGCCCAGGGAGGGACAGGGGACAUGGGGACAGUAGCAGGACAUCUCAGGGACAGGGAACUCACUGUGUCCCCCUCAGCACUGUCCUCCCGGAUAGCUGGACUAUCUGGAGCCUGGUCUUCGAUGGGAGCUGAGAGGAGAUCACUGGAGCGCUCGCCUCUAACACGCAGGAGGAUGCUAGAGAAGGGAGGACAUCCCCCUUUAGACGUCAAGGAACACACACCUAUGGACCCCAAGGGUCACCCGGCGAGAGAGACAAAGUCGCACAUACCCACGCCCAUGGCCACAGAGAAGACCAAAAUCACAGACACCAAACCAACAGCCGUGGUCAACCCUGUGUCAUCCCCUAAGAUCAGCCAUGCUGCCAGGCUACAGUGUGUCCAUGUGGCUGAGGGACACACCAAACCUGUCAUGUGUGUCGACUGCACUGAUGACCUGCUCUUCACUGGCUCUAAAGAUCGUACGUGUAAGGUGUGGAACCUGGUGACUGGUCAAGAGAUCAUGUCUCUGGGAGAUCAUCCCAGCAGUGUGGUGUCUGUUAGAUACUGUUCCAGCCUGGUCUUCACUGUCUCCACCGCUUACAUCAAGGUCUGGGACAUCCGAGAUUCCGCCAAGUGCAUACGCACACUCACGUCGUCGGGCCAGGUGAGUACAGGGGACAGCUGUGUGUCUCUCAGGUCCCUGUCCAUCCCUCCAGGAGAGAACCAGAUCAACCAGAUUUCUCUGAACCCCACGGGAUCCUACCUCUACUCCGCCUCGGGCAACUCAGUCCGCAUGUGGGACCUCAGGAAGUUUGUGUCUACUGGGAAGCUGACGGGUCACCUGGGCCCGGUCUUGUGUCUGACCGUCGACCAGUUGGGCAACGGUCAAGACAUGGUCCUAACGGGGUCCAAGGACCACACCCUGAAGAUGUUUGAGGUGACAGAGGGUGUCCAGGGCAGCAUUGUGUCCUGUCACAACUUUGAGCCGCCACACCAGGAGGGUAUCGUCUCUCUGGCUGUUCAGGGGGACAGCCUCUACAGCAGCUCCAGAGACUACUGCAUCAAGAAGUGGGACCUGUCCCGGAAGCGACUAGUACAGCAAGUGGCGAGCGCCCACUCUGACUGGGUAAGUGCGCUGGGUGUGGUGCCAGGGUGCCCGGUAGUGCUGAGUGCAGACAGGGGAGGUCUGCUGAAGCUGUGGCACGCUGAUACCCUGGCACCGCUCGGAGACCUGAGGGGACACGACAGCCCUGUGAAUGGACUGGCUACCAACAGCAGCCAGCUAUUCACUGCCUCAGAUGACCGGACGGUGAAGAUUUGGCAAGCAAAGGGUUCUUUGGAGGAAGGAAUCCAUUGACACUGAGAACGAGACCUCUGGACUGUGACUGGACACAGCGCUGUGGAUCUACUAGAUCACUCUGGAUCUACUACAGCCCUAAGGAUCUAUUGCUGCCUGCUGGAUCUACUACUCAAUCUACUUACUGCUGCUCUGCACAAUGAUCCAUGGAUGGAGGACAUCCAAGCUGGCCACAGGGCAGAAGACCAGCCCAGACACACCGAUGACCCAUUGAGUUCACCAACGUGAGACAUUCCGUCAAACAAGGCUGGCGGACAGUAGCACAACAGUCAUGGAAUUCACCUGAAGAAUUGUGAAACUCCAGUGUAAUGCCCAUGUUUCUGUCUCAAGCUGUGUCCUAUCAUAUCGUAGAGGAAUCUUCUGCUACAGAGCGUGGAAUCAUCUCUCUGUGUCGGGGGGGGGGGGGGGUAUUUUAAUAAGUCCCUAUGGAGGUUGGUCUUACUUCAGCUGUUACUGCCAAACCCUAUGGGAGACUCAUAGAGUCUCAGUGGGGAAUAGGGAUGUCUCAGUGGGAAUAGCACAGUGAACUAGUGGUGUGGGACGGUGUGGCUGAUCUCUGCUACAGAAACAAAGUUCAAUGAGGGUGUGUUGUCGUCAUACUACAAAUGCGAUUGUGGAGGUUCAGCUCAACCCAAUUCAAGUGUUGCUUUUAAUGCAGAUUGUGUGUGUGACCAAAUUACAACACCUUCUUCUGUGAUAGUCAACGGGCUGUGAUGAGUAUCUUUAGCCAAUGCAUUCCAUUUUACUUGCCUGUGCACAGUGCAGUACCUCUGCAGUGGUCUUACUCUCUUUGCAUCAUACAAGUACAUUCAAACCUCAAACUACGAAAAUGGCCUGUCAAAAUGUUUGCAUUUAUGUGUGUUUUCACAGGCGACUUUGAAACCUCCAAAGUUCUGAUCUUCCAUUUCAUGUUGUAUCCAAUGGCCUUCUUCAAUCGUUUCAGAGCCCAAGUAAAGGGAGGUUACCUGUGCACAGGCGUAUGUCCUAUCUUAUAUCAACUCGGUUUAUUGGUUGUAUCCACGGAUUUGCAGUGCAUUAAUACCUAGUAAUAAAACAUAUGUGAGUUAGUUUUCCUGUGCCCACGUACGCCCUUCCCCCAAUCGGAUUCAGGAACGGGCGGAACAGAAUAUAACAAAACUCUAGAGCUGUGUGUUAUUAUCAGUGCCUGUCAAUCUUAUACUGUAGAUAGUACAGUAUCACAACCUAAUCUGUGUGGACUAGCCCAGGAUCCCGAGAUUGGGAUGACAUAGGUUAUAUGACCACAUCUUUAUGUAAAUAAGAAUCCGUUUUUCUUCCUCGUGGACAUCUUGUGCACAAAUUCCGACUUUCUAGUGAUUCUAAUGUCAGAUGCGGUGUGGAAAUAAAUUGCGUCUGUCAAAAACAA